UUCUUCAGGUUCCGAUUUGGAAGCUGCUUUGUGUAUUACUUACAGUGUUUGUAAAGUGACAUAAACUUCCGAAAUUAUGUCCUGCUCAACAUAUUUGCAGUUAACUGUGAUGGCAGCAAUAUUGAUAGCAGCCACGCGUGGGUACAUUGUGAAGGAUGGAAACUGUUCGUUGGUUUCCAGUGGCAUACCAGUUGUAACAAAUUUCGACAUGGAAAAGUACUUAGGCAAGUGGUACGAGAUCGAACGCUACGAGCAGGACUUUCAACGUGAUCUAGAAUGCGUUACAGUUGAGUACAGUCGUAACGAGAAAGACGAUACCAUCGAGUUUAGGAACAAGGGAUUCUCGACCGAAAAGGACGCCUUCGCAUCAUUCAGUGGAACCGCGAGAAUCUUCGAUCCUCUUGGGAAACCACCAGGGGGGAAACUGAUCGUUAGCUACGGAGUUAAAUCCAGCAACGAAUCAAAUUAUUGGGUUGUAGACACUGACUACACACGUUUCUCGGUGGUUUAUUCGUGUAUGCCGAUGGACGACUCAGAAACGGUAUCCGAAGGUUAUUGGUUAUUGUCCAGGACUCCUGAGCUGACGGAAGAAUUGCAAAUAACAGAGAAGUUGAAGUUUUUGCUAAACACAUACUUUAUACCAUCUCAUGUGAGAACAACAAACCAAACUGAAUCAUUGUGCCGUAAGGAACCUGAGAAACGAGCAGUUCCUGCGACAUUGGUAUUGCCACCAUUCUAAUAAUUUCAGUAUUAUUUUGGGUUAGACCAGAAGAACCAGCAUCCAAUAGAAUUAAUUAUGUCUUAAACGAUAGGUUACUUUUAAGGUACAGAUGCAGACACACGAUGGUGUAGUUCGAUGUAGGUGUUACUUUUUCAAAAAAGAAAUAUGAUUUAAAUUGAGUCUCAUCGGAUUAACAACCAAAAAAUCAUUUUCAUUCCAGUGCACUUGAAAUGUACAAAUACAAACAUGAAAUUUGAUGUUCACUGGGUAAAGCGUUAUUAAAUUGAAAGCGAACUUGCAUAUACCAAUUAAAUGCAAAACAAGAGAUUCUAAUAUUUAUUUUCAGGUGCUUCCACAGAGUACAAAUAUUCAAAUCAACUGAUAAAUUAAAAGAGUAAACAGAUACACGAACAAAAUUGAUUGUAAAGACGUGGCGCUUAUUACGUUAUUUAUUAAAGAAAAUCAUAUAACACGAAUAGGAAUUUUGAUUUUUCAGUGUAGCUUCCUCAAAUUACUUCUUUUAUGAUCAUUAUAAAAGUCUAUCUCAAAUAACUACUAGAUUUAUAUGCCAAAUACCAAAAUCAUAGAAAGCGCUCUGAUUUCAAAAAUACCAGAUCAUCGCGAAGUUAUGAAUAAAAUUUGUCGAAAACAUCGUAGAUCUGAAACUAAAUAUUUGUGUGAAAUAUUCGUUUCACAAAGCUGUACUUAUUCUAAGGUAAUAGUUUGCAAGUGCGAUGAGUUUUUUAAUGCAUGUAUUAAUCAUUGUGGGAAGAAUUUGUUGUAAUUUACGGUACACAAAACGAUUGGAUUAUAAAGUAUUA